AUGUCGCUCAACAUCCAGGAGCAACAAAAAAACAGCGCCAUCAGCAUGCUGAACCUAAACGAAUACAAUGACAACCUAAGCAGUAGUGGAAAUAUCUUGUACUAUUCGCAUGACAAAAUAUGGAAAAUAUUAAUAUACGACUCGGAGGGACAGAACAUCCUUGCCCCGUUGCUGAAGGUGGGCAAUUUAAGGCACCAUGGAGUAACCCUAAAUUUAAAUUUACACAGACAAAGAAGUACCAUCCCAGAAGUCAAUGCAGUAUAUCUCGUAGACAACAACAAAGAAAAUAUCGACACAAUUGUUAAGGACAUGUGCAAUAAUAUGUAUGGAAGUUACUACAUCAAUUUUAUAUCUUACGUGUCUGAAGAAAAUUUAGGCUACUUUGCAAAUGAGUGUGUAAAAAAUAACGUUGCUUCUCAUGUGUCCAAAAUUACAGAUAGGUAUUUAAAAUUCGUGAGCUUAUCUAGUAGUACCUUCUCUUUGAACAUUCCAAAUUGCUUCAAAAUUCUACAUGCAAAUGAAGAUCAUGUGAUUCAAAAUGUGAUGGACAAGAUAACUGAAGGACUCAUUUCUUUUCUUGUCACUUUAGGCAUUAUCCCUAUCAUUAGGGUUUCUUCUAAUUCCUCUUACCCUUCCAAAACGAUCGCAGAAAAACUACACAAGAAAAUUUACGAACUCGUCAACAUAAGGUCCACAAAUAAUUACAUUUUUAACUCCAAAACGGUGCAGAGACCGGUUUUAAUUUUGGUUGAUAGGGAAGUCGAUUUGAGUGUCAUGGUGCAGCAUGCAUGGACAUACCAGGCACUCAUUCAUGAUGUGUUUGAUAUAAAGCUCAACAAAAUAAGCCUCCGCCAAGCUGGUGAAAAUGGCACAAGCACAUCCCUCACUGGAAGCAGCACACAGCACGCACCUAUAAAAAACUACGACAUUGACAACGGAGAUACCUUCUUCUCCACCAACUGCAAUAAACCCUUCCCCGAAGUGGCUAACAAUAUUAGUGAGUGUUUAAAUGAGUACAAUGAAAAGAUGAAAAAUUUAAACAAAAAUGAAACAGGCGGAAGCCUCUCCUCUGGGGGAGGUAUAGUAGGCACUAAUGUCGGGGGGGAUAACAUCACAGGAGGACUCAUGUCCGCAAUGAAUAUACUCCCAGAAAUGACUGAACAUAAGAGACUGCUAGACAUGCACACAAAUAUACUCACCGAAUUGAUAAAAAAUAUUAAGGAUAGGGAAUUGGAUAAAUAUUAUGAAAAUGAAUUUGACUUUGAAAGUUGUAAUGAAAAAGUUUGCAUACAACACAUGAAGGAUAUUCUUACCUCAUCAAAAGGAACACCCAUGGAUAAGUAUAGAGCUUUUUUAUGCUUAUAUUUGGCCAAAAAAAAUAUGAACAAACAGGCAAUGGACUCAUUUUUGCAACAAUUAAAAAAUAUGAACAUUGACAUUUCAGCCAUUUAUUUUAUAAAUCAAUUGGAAAAAUUAAAAACCAUGAAUAUACAUAUACAUGUGACUACCCCCCUCACCCACUCGAACAGCGGAACAACCACAACAACAACCUUUAAGGAUCAACUCAAUACGUACAGUAAUAUCUUCAUCGAUAAGGGCAUGAACAUAUUACAGGGGGCGAAAAUGCUAUUGCCAAAAAGAAGGGAAAUUAAAAUUACCAAAUUGGUUGAAACGCUAAUUGAAAAUAAACCCUCCUCCUCUUUGAACGACCAAUUUGUAUACAUCGACCCCAAGACCCCUCCAACUGAUAAAACCACCGGAAACAACAGUCUCGAAAAAAAUUAUAUUAAACAGGAUCAUGUAAAGGAUUAUAUCAUUUUUGUUAUUGGGGGGGGAAACUACAUUGAAGUUUCCGCGUUGAAAGACUUGGAGGAAAAAAUGAAUAAAAAAAUUAUUUACGGAACCACUGAUUUUGUUCGUCCGGAAAAUUUUGUCCAGGAGAUCAACCAGAUAGGUGUUGCCUUCUCAGGGUGA